CACACACACACGUAGCUUCCCACGCGUCCACGCUCAGUCACACACGCGAAGUCGCCGCCGUCCGCGCGCGCGCUGCUCUCUCUCUCUCCUCGCGGAUCCCCGGUUUACCGACAAGCGGCCGCUUUUGAUUUCGCAGUCUGCGGCGAGCCUCGUCGUGACAGAGUUUUUGAGACGGCUGAAGGAGCAGCGAAGGAGGGCGCGAGGAGGAGGAGGAGGUGGAGAGGAGAGGAAAGGAAGGGGAGUAAAAGGUGGUGUCUUCCCGUCAGAAACACACACACACACACACACACACACACACACACACACACUCACGCCCUCUGACACAUGGCUGACAGCAGGAGGCGGAAGGGGCGAGAGUGAGCGCGGGACUGACGGAGAUUAAAAAAAAGAAGAAAAAGAGGCGGUCGUCCAUCUGGGGGGUCGGUCCCCGGCUCUUCUGCAGCUGUGUCGGAGUCGGCCGGCGGUUCUGAAACCACGGAGCAAGAGAGAGAGAGAGAGAGAGAAGGGUGUUUUUUUUCUCCCCGCAUCUCAACGCUCGGGGGGGAUGAGCCUCGGCCGGCGAUGUUGAGGCCUCGCCGGGCCUCGGACGCGGCCCCCUCCGGAGGGGUCGGUGACACCCCAGCUGGAUAUUCCGCUGCCGCCGUCCUCCACAGAUGUCAUUAGCAGCUAAUGAGCUGCUGCUGGAGAGGAAACGGAGAGGGUGGCCUGUGGAGCGAGAGGAGAGACCGUACAGCUGUUAUUAAGAGGCCCAGAGCUCUCAGGCGAGGAAUCCGUCCUCCUUUCUUCCUCUGCGACAGAGUGGAACACUUUAAAGCUCUUUAAAGGAUAUCCAGUUUGGACAUAAGUGUUUUAAGACGUCUCUUUUAGUGACGAUGGUCACCAUGCAGUUAAAAGACACAUUUUUUCAGCAAACUGAUUCAGUAUUAAGGACUUUUAAUCCAUCCUUUUUUUGGGGGGGGGAGUAAAGCGAUAUUGUUUUAGUUUUUUUCCCCACUUUGCGAUUGUUAUUUUCACCUUUCUAUGCCCUGAGGCACACCGGUCACCAUGGCAGCAGCCUAUCGCGUCGUGGUGAGCAGCGUCAGCUGCUACAACAGCGUGGUCGUGGACCGGCGCACUCACUCCCACGCGGUGCACUACUGCUCGGGGCCAUGUGGGGCGCUGUCCCAGGGACUGGACUGUACCGUGGCGCACCGCGGCACCUGUUCCGAGCUGUUCAUCGUACCCGACUCGGCGUACGCCGACGCCGGCGCUUCGCUCCUGCACUCCCAGAACAUGAUCACGCAAAAACUGCACAACCACGGCAAAGUGACGGUCACCGUGGACACGACUUAUAACGGUGGUGUCGAGCGGGUGGACGGCUGUGGCAAAGGGGAGGACAGCCCCACGUGGCGUGGUAAAAAGGCCCCGAGCGGCGGAGCGGCGCCCGGGAACCUGAGCUCCUCCGGCAGUCUGAAGGACAUCACCGAAGAAGCCAUCAACCUGGCCAGCGGGAAGCUCAAAGAGUUUUCUUUCGACAAGCUCCGCCUCUCCUCCUCCAGCCACGUGGCCUUCCGGAAAGGUCGCAAGGUCCGCCCCGACUCCCUCAGCCGCCGCUCCACCGACCUGGAGAUCAUCUACGGCCACUUCAGCUCCGGCGUCCCCGCCAACGGAGCCGCCGCCGCCGUCGGCAUGACGAACGGCACGGGUCCGCCCAACGACGAGAACCUGCCGCCGUUCGUGCCGGGGAAGGUGACCGGCCUGGAGGAGACGAAGCUAAAGGGCAGCCUGGCUACCUUGGCGUCCAUCGCUAGAUUGGGCGGCGGAUCACCGGGCGGCCUCUCGGGCAUCGGGGCUUUGGACCAGAGCCUGACCACGAUGGCCUCCCUGUACCGCAACACCCUCGGGGAGGAGAACCUGAUUGCCCGCUUGCUGGAGAAGACGCGGGCGGAGGCGGGUGCCGGCGGCGAGGAUAUCCGCGCCUGCCUCGACAUCCUGCUCAAGUGUUCCGAGGACUUAAAGAAAUGCACCGACAUCAUCAAGCAGUGCAUCAGACACAAGACCGGCGGGGGGCCCGACGACGGUGCCGCCGGCCCCGACAGCGUCUACCGGGCCGUGAUGACCCGACUCGGCUCCUAUUUGAAGAAGCUACCUCUGGAGCUGGAGGGAAUCGGAAGUUUGGGCGGCGGCGGCGUGCCGGGGGGUCAGGGGGCGCCGGGCAGCGGGCACGGCGAUCUGGCCGAGCUGGUCAACACGCUUCACUCCAUCCAGCAGGGGGCGUACUCUCCAAUAUUUGGCAACGAGCAGCCUCCUCGCUACGAGGACGUGGUGAUGUCGCCUCCCCUCCCGAAGACGGCGCCGCAUUCUGCAUCGCCUCCUCUCUCCUCUCCUUCUUUUUCUUCUUCUUUGAAAUCGGACUCCAUCCAUACAAAAGCGGUCCAAAGUUCCCCGUCCAGAGGCCCUCCGCUCACAAAUGGGCUGAAGCAUCCGCACCUCUCCUCCGUCGCGCAGCACGCACUCUCUCCGCCGUCUGUUCCGUCCUCUCCUUCCCCUCUUCGCGCCUCCCCGACCCCGCUGUGCACACACGCUCCUCCGGCGUCCCCCAUGGAGGCUCUUUAUAUCGAGGAGGAGGAGGCAGACGUGGGGAAGACGCCGGAACAAGUCUCGCAACAACAGACACACACCCCGACUCCAACUAGAGGGGUAAGCGGGGCCCAGAACCAAAACGGGAUCACAUUGGGUCAACACCUGUCACACACACACACGCCGCAGAGCUCUUCAAACGCCUUGCCGGCCAGCGGCGGCUCCGGUCCCGCUUGGCCUUCCUCCUCCUCAUCCUCCUCCUCCUCCGCCUCAGCCGUCUCGCACAGGAACGACGACAUCGACAAGCUGCUGAUGGACUUAGAGAAUCUGUCUCAGAGUAUGAGCCACCCCAGAACCGCCGAGCCGCCGCUUCCGGCCAAAACCAGGAAGAGGGACGGAGGCCAGGGACUCGCGUCCAGCGAGAACCUCGCUCCACCUCGACCGGCCCGGUUCCAGCUCCAGAAGCCGUCCACCCACCUCGCCAUGAACGGCCCCACCACCACCACCACCACCACCACCACCACCACCAGGACUCCCAAGAGUCCCACUCUUCCUCCUCCCCUCCCCCAUGGGGAGAAUAGUGACGCCGUGGUGGUGGUGGGGGCGGAGGAGGACGGGGCGCUGCUGCUGAGGAUCCUCGAGAGCAUCGAGAGUUUUGCCCAGGAGCUGGUGGACACCGGGGCGGGGAGCUCGGGGAGCGCGGAGAGGAAGUGUGGGAAAGAGCGGGAGGUGAUGAGGCUCCUGCAGGACACUCUGGCCAUCACCGGGAGGGCCGAGCCCCCUCCGGUGAGCACCGCCCCCACCGGGAGGGCCGAGCCCCCUCCGGUGAGCUCCAGCCCGCCCGCCGCUCCCACAGUCACACACGUCCCAGCUGUCCCGCCAAAACACUCCUCGGCAUACACACCUGCGGUAUCGCUCGCACCGACGCCUCUAUUAGACGCGGCGCCCGAGGCCACGACACCCAACCCCACAGCCGCCCCCAAACCUACGGCCACGCCCACGCCCGAGCCCGCCGCCGAGGCUACCGACGACGCCGCAGAAGCCUCGACGGGUGAGACCGAGGCGACGGCCACCGCGGCGCCGUCGGAGCCCGCGAGUCCGCAUUCCUUCGCGCGUGCAGCCGAACCCCCGCCGGAGUCUGAGCCCGAAGCUCCGCCCCCGGAUGCCACGAGAGACGCUGUCGUCGACCCCGUCGCUGGGAGAGACACGGGUUCCACCAUCAUCAUCCAGCAGACGCCGGAGGUGAUCCGAGUCCAGUCCAAACCGGAGAAGAAGCCGGGCACACCUCCACCGGUGCCUGCCCUGUCCGCCCCCACCCCCACCCCGACGCCGCGCUCACCCAGCCCUCCUCCGGUGAUCGUCACCCCCCCUCCUCCUCUUCCCGCGGCCAUCAACAUUCCCAGGUUCUACCACCCCCGCGGGCUCCCCGCCGCGGGCCCGACCGCCAACCACGACGCGGCCAUCGCCGGCAUCGAGGCGGCCUUCACCGACUUCGAGGAGGAGAAGGCGGACAUCUACGAAAUGGGCAAAAUCGCAAAGGCGUGCGGGUGUCCUCUCUACUGGAAGGGCCCCAUGUUCUACUCGGCGGGCGGCGAGAGGACGGGCUUCGUGUCGGUUCACUCCUUCAUCGCGACCUGGAGGAAGUUGAUGCACAGUUGCCACGACGACGCAUCGAGGUUCAUCUCCCUGCUCGCCAAACCCGGCUGCGCCUACCUGGAGCAGGAGGACUUCAUCCCUCUGCUGCAGGACAUCGUGGACACGCAUCCCGGACUCACGUUCCUGAAGGACGCGCCGGAAUUCCAUUCCCGUUACAUAACUACGGUGAUCCAGCGGAUAUUCUACGUGGUCAACCGUUCGUGGACGGGUCGCAUGACCACGAUGGAGCUACGCAGGAGCAACUUCCUGCAGACCCUGGCCCUGCUGGAGGAGGAGGACGACAUCAACCAGAUCACCGACUACUUCUCCUACGAGCACUUCUACGUCAUCUACUGCAAGUUCUGGGAGCUCGACAUCGACCACGACCUCUACAUUGACCCCAAAGACCUGGCAAGAUACAACGACCACGCCUCCUCCAACCGAAUCAUCGAAAGGUUGUUUUCGGGGGCCGUAACUCGGGGCAACGCCGUGCAGAGGGAAGGCAGGAUGAGCUACGCCGAGUUCGUCUGGUUCCUCAUGUCCGAAGAGGACAAGAAGAAUCUCACCAGUCUGGAGUACUGGUUCCGCUGCAUGGACGUGGAUGGCGACGGCGUCUUGUCCAUGUUCGAGUUGGAGUAUUUCUACGAGGAGCAGUGCGAGCGGAUGGAACGGAUGGGCAUCGAACCGCUGCCCUUCCAGGAUCUGCUGUGCCAGAUGCUCGACCUGGUCAAACCUGAGAGUUCGGGAAGGAUAACCCUCGGGGACCUGAAGCGCUGCCGCAUGGCUCACAUAUUCUUUGACACCUUCUUCAACCUGGAGAAAUACCUGGACCACGAACAGAGAGACCCGUUUGCUGUGCAAAAGGACGUCGACAGUGAAGGUCCAGAGCCGUCCGAUUGGGAUAAAUAUGCUUCGGAGGAGUACGAGAUCCUGGUUGCGGAGGAGACUGCAAAUGAGCAGCUCCACGAGGGAUCCUUUGAUGACGACUACGAAUCUGAGGAGCUUCAAGUUCCGGGAGAGCUUGGGAACAAAAUGGAGAAACUGGUCAUAUCAGACCUGUCGGCAUAGAACUCCUUUUUUUUGUUUUUUUGGGGUGGAAUUCCUGGGCUUUUCUUUUCUGGAAACCAAAGAGGAACGCAGCGAUGGAGAAGGACCCUGUGGACGCAUCGCAAGAACAACACGGACGGGAAGGACGUGAAACGUUUCUUUGGCAACUGCUUCUCGAGGAGUUCCUAAUAAUGGACUGUGUGUGUGUGUGUGUGUGUGUGUGUAGGUGUGUGUGUGUGUGUGACCGUAAACCAGUCCUGUUUUGUGUCCGGUGCAAUAACACAUCUGUACUCGUAUACAGAGAACAAUAUCACUGCCUCCACAAAAAAAGACAAUGAUGGGGGGGGGGGGGGGGGGGGGGUCGGAGUGUAUGAUAAGCUCUUAAAGGAAUUAACAUUUCACUGUAAAAUAAUGUAUUUGUGAAUUUUCUACAGACAAUCCUGCCAGCGGACAAUCAUCGUGAGGGUAGAUGGAGGAACUAGGAGUAUGAGUGAAACCCACACAGUCAUCUACUCAAUAAUCUAUCAAUCUAAUGACACAGACACACACACACACACACACACACACUGCCAUCAGAAACCAGCUACUCGCUGUGUUCCUUGUAGAGGAAGUCAUUAAAAAACCUCCAUUCCCUCCAGGGAGGAAUCAUGUAACAGGUCGUGGGGUGGUGGUGGAGGAGGGGUGGGGGUGGUGGGGGGGGGGGGGUUGUAACGGCACCUCUCUGUGGCCAGGCUGUGCUACUGCAGACUGUCAGGCCAACUUUAUCCAAGGGGGAAGAGUUCAUUCAGUUCGCCGCUCUAUUAUUAGUGCAGUGAUAUCCCCUCUCCCCUUUUGAGAUCUUUUUUAAAUUAUUAUUCUUCUUAAACCCUGGCAAAGGGCACCUUCAGACGCACACGUGCACAUCACGUGUGCACGGACGCAUCGAGCUCUCUGGUAGAGUCGCACACACACAUUUCCACCACGCGCAUUAACAAUUAACCCGGCACGUCACGUGCGGCAGAUGUAUAUAUGCCGACAAAUAAUUGUCAUUUUAAUGCUUCUGCAUCUCAUUGUUGUACAGCGACUGUUUAUGGAGCAGCCGUUCUCCCUGUAGCACACACACACACACACACACACACACACACGGUCACAUGCAUGCAUUACCAGACUAAAGAUGCACAUUAUGACGACACAUAUUCAUCACAUCUUCUAGUGGCAUCAAGUCUGCACAUAGUUUAGUGUCAUUAGUUCCGUCUUAUGAGUUUUUUUAUGGCAAUUUGUGGCUCUUAAAACAUUAAAAAAUGUUUUUUUAAUCGGGGCGACUUAGUCAAAUAUUUAGCUUUUUAUCACCAACUUACAAUCUUUUUUAUUUUAUUGACAUACGGGCAGAUAAUCUCAGUGAGAACCUGUGCCAAUGAAAUCCAAACUAUUUGCAUCGACGGAUACAAUAAAUACACUUAAAAAAUAUAUAUAUAUAUAUUUGAGUGAACUGACCGUGUGUGUGUGUGUGUGUGUGUGUGUGUCUGUCUGUCUGCCGGGGACAGACAGGUGCAUGUGUGCACACUGCCCUUACUGUACAGCGAGCAGCACGUGUUUGCUUAGAAAUUACUGUUAGGAGCGUGUGAUGUGUAGCUCUCAGUUUUCGAGCUGUGUCGACGUCAUAGCUGUUGCCAUGGGGCUGGGAGGGGGGGGGGGGUCAAUGUGUGUGUGUGUGUGUGUGUGCUUGUAUAACUCUUUCAUUAGGAAUGGGACAGCUUUUGUCCUCGAAGGCUUCAAAUUCACUUGACAUAUACCUCCUGUACUGGCACUUACUGAACACACACACACACACGCGCUUAUACACACACGCCAAAGUUGCUUUUGAAAGGGAGAGCGAACUAGUGGGCGCUGUAGGUUUCCCCAUUCUGCUCUAUAGCCAUUGCACAUGUGCCCCACUGUGUAUUAAACUUUAUAAUAAAAGUAAUAAUAACUCGUGAAAAGCCAUUAUGAAUAUAACGGUUCUGAUGUAUUCUGAUGGUUUGUAUUGCUGUGCCACUGUGUGGCUCGGGAUGGGGGGGAUAAAUUAUGCUAGAUGUGUGUGUGCGUUUACGUGUGUGUGUGUGUGUGUGUUCGAUGCUUGGUGGAUUUCAUCCGCAGAAGAAGGGAAUCCUCUGGAGGACUGCUCGGACUAUCACAAACAUAUGAGAAACAUGGACCCUCUGAGACUGAUGUUUCACUGCUGUGGACACACACACACACACACACACACGCAUGCACACAUGCACACACACUCUCCCAAGGAGACCCACUCAUCCAAACAGUACUUCAGAAGCACUGUCGGAGGCAUCGGGGCGUCUCCGGUCGUGUCCUGGUGCUCACACACGCAGCAUCGGGAAAGGAGAAAGCCUCCAUGCAGGACUUUUAUUUUGAAAUGACAUCCCUACUCUGAGAGGGAGACGGAAAACUUUUAUUUUGAAAUGACAGAAGACUUUUAUUUUUGAUGUACUUCCUCUGUGCAGCAGAGACUUGAGUAUCGGCCGAGGUGUGUUCAGAUCCUGAGGCUUAUUGUGUUGGCACGCUUUUCUUUCUGUCAAUCACUUUACUUUCUUUCUUUCUUCCCCCCCCCCCCCUCAUGUAUUUCUUUUCUUGGCCCCGCCCCCUGUUAUUUGUUGCUUUUGUCUGAUGUUUAAAAGUUUAAAUAAAGAUGUUUCAAGAAUAUUAAA